AGGCCGUUUUAACAUUAUUUCUUCCCAUUCAUGAGCAUAGAAUGUGUUUCCAUUGGUUUGUAUCGUCUCUGACUUCCUUCCGUCCUUCCUUCCUUCCUUCCUUCCUUCCGUCCUUCCUUCCUUCCUUCCUUCCCUCCCUUUCUUUCUUUCUUUUUUCCUUCCUUCCUUUCUGAUGGAGUUUCGCUCUUGUUGCCCAGGCUGGAGUGCAAUGGCAUGAUCACAGCUCACUGCAAUGUUCAACUCCCAGGUUCAAAUGAUUCUCCUGCCUCAGCCUCUUGAGUAGCUGAGUAGGGAUUACAGGUUUGCACCACCACACCUGGCUAACUUUGUAUUUUUAGUAGAGAUGGUGUUUCUCCAUGUUGGUCAGGCUGGUCUCAAACUCCUGACCUCAGGUGAUCUGCCUGCCUUGGCCUCCCAGAGUGCUGGGAUUACAGGUGAGAGCCACUGCACCAGCCAUCAUCUCUGAUUUCUUACAGCAGUGUUUUAUAAUUCUCACUGUAGAGAUCUUUCUUCUCCAUGAUUAGUUGUGUUCCUAGGUAUUUCGUUCUUGUGGCUGUUACGAAUGGGUUGCUGAAUUGAUUUGGCUCUUAGCUUGGACAUUGUUGGUGUGUAGAAAUGCCACUGAGGAAUGCCAUUGAAGAAUUGCCACAUAGUUUUUGACAAUGGUUGAACUAAUUUACACUCCCACCUGCAGGAUAUACAUGUUCCUUUUUCUCCACAACCUUGAAGAGAAAAAAAUGCCACUUUUUGUACAUUGCUUUUGUAUCCUGAGACUUGAUAAACAACUGAAGUUAUUUAUCUGUCCUAGGAGCCUUUGGGCGGGGACUGAAGGGCUUUCUAGGUAUGGAAUCAUAUUGUUACAUUGUUUGUGAAAAGAGAUAUUUCACUUCCUCUCUCCUUGUUGGAUGGCUUUUCUUUCUUUCUCUUGCCUGGUUGCUCUGGCUAGGACUUCUUGUACUGUGUUGAAUAGGAUGACAGUUGACAUCCUAGUCUUGUUCUGGUUCUCUGGGGAAUGGUUCCAGCUUUUGCCCAUUCAGUAUGAUGGUGGCUGUGGGUUUGUUAUAGAUGGCUCUUACUAUUUUGUGAUAUGUUUCUUCAAUGCCUAGCGUUUUGAGGAUUUUUAACAUGAUAGAUGCUGAAUUUUAUGGAAAGCCUCUCUGCAUCUUUUGAGAUGAUCAUGUGGUUUUUGUUUUUAGUUCUAUUUAUGUGAUGAAUCACAUUUAUUGAUUUGCAUAUGCUGAACCAGCCUUGCAGGAAUAAAGCUUACUUGAUCACGGUAGAUUAACUUUUUGAUGUGUUCCUGGAUAUGGUUUGUUAGUAUUUUGUUGAGGUUUUUUUCUUUCUUUUUUUGAGACAGAGUCUCGGUCUUGUCGCUAGACUGGAGUGCAGUGGCACAGUCUUGGCUCACUGCAACCUCCGCCUCCCAGUUUCAAGCAAUUCUCCUGCCUCAGCCUCCUGAGUAGCUGGGACUACAGGUGUGUGCCACCACGCCCAGCUAAUUUUCUGGUGUUUUAGUAGAGAAGGGGUUUCACUGUGUUGGCCAGGAUGGUUUCAAUCUGCUGACCUCGUGAUCCACCUGCGUUGGCCUCCCAAAGUGCUGGGGUUACAGGUGUGAGCUGCUGCAUCUGGCCUUUGUUGAGAUUUUUUUCAUCUAUGUUCAUUAGGAUAAUGGCCUGAAAUCUUCUUUCUUCAUUGUAUCUUUGCCAGGUUUUGGUAUCAGGAUAAUGCUGGCCUUGUAGAAUGAGUUAGGGAAGAGUUUCUUCUCAAUUUUUGAACAGUUCCAGCAGAAAUUGUAUCAACUUUUUUUGUACAUCUGGUAAAAUUCAGAUGUGAAUCCAUUUAGCCCUGGGAUUUUUUUGGUUGAUAGACUACUACUGCCUUGAUUUCAGAGCUCAUUAUUGGUCUUUUUGGGGAUUCAAUCUCUUUUUCAUUCUGUCUUGGUAGGGUGCAUAUGUCCUAGGAAUUUAUGAAAUUUUUCUCGAUUUUAUGUGCAUAGAGGUGUUCAUAAUAUACCCGGAUGUUGUUUGUAUUUCUUUGGGGUUAGUGGCGAUAUCCCCUUUGUUGUUUCUAAUUGUAUUUAUUUGGAUCUUCUCUCUUUUCUUCUUUGUUAGGCUAGCUCGUAGUCUAUUUUAUUAAGUUUUUCAAAAACAAGCUCCUGAAUUCCUUGAUAUUUUGAAUGGUUUCCAACAUCUCAAUUUCAAAAGGAGCCUGAAUAGUUAAGACAAUUAUAAUAAAAAAGAACAAAAGUGGGGACUUCAGACUAUACUACAGUAACCAAAACGGCAUGGUACUGGUACAAAAACAGACACAUAGGCCAAUAGAACAGAAUUCAGAGCCCAGAAAUAAGGCUGCAUACCUACAAACAUCUUCUCUUUGACAAAACUGACAAAACAAGCAAUGGGGAAAUGAUUUUCUAUUCAAUAAAGAGUGCUGGGAUAAGUGGCUAGCCAUAUGUAGAAGACUGAAACUGGACCCCUUCCUCACACCAUUUACAAAAAUUAACUCAAGAUGGAAUAAAGACUUAAAUGUAAAACUCAAAACUAUAAAAAUCCUGGAAUACGAUGUAGGCAAUACCAUUCUGAACAUAGAGAUAGACAAAGAUUUUAUGAUGAAGUUACCAAAAGCAAAAAUUGACAAAUGGGACCUAAUUAAACUAAAAAGCUCUGUACAGCAAAAGAAACUAUCAACAGAAUAAACAGACAACCUACAGAAUGAGAGAAAUAUUUUUGCAAACCACAGCUGACAAAAGUCUAAUAUUCAGCAUCUAUAAGAAACAUAAACCAAUUUAUAAGAAAAAACAAACAUUGUAAAGUGAAAAGAGGUCAUACUUUUCUUUUUUUUUACAAUAAAAUAUUAUAAUAUUUUAUUAUGAAGAAAUGAAUAUUCCUAGAAAGUGUUCAGUUUUUUUUUAUUGCAUUUUAGGUUUUGGGGUACAUGUGAAGAACAUGCAAGAUAGUUGCAUAGGUACACACGUGGCAAUGUGAUUUGCUGCCUUCCUCCCCUUCACCUAUAUCUGGCAUUUCUCCCCCUGCUAUCUCUCCCCAACUCCCCAUCCCGUGCUGUCCCUCCCCUGUUCCCCCCAACAGACCCCGGUGUGUAGUGCUCCCCUCCCUGUGUCCAUGUGUUCUCAUUGUUCAACACCUGCCUAUGAGUGAGAACAUGUGGUAUUUCAUUUUCUGUUCUUGUGUCAGUUUGCUGAGAAUGAUGGUCUCCAGGUUCAUCCAUGUCCCUACAAAGGUCACAAACUCAUCGUUUUUGAUGGCUGCAUAAUAUUCCAUGGUGUAUAUAUGCCACAUUUUCCUUGAACAGACACUUUUCAAAAGAAGACAUACAUGUGGCCAAGAAGCAUAUGAGAAAAAGCCCAAUGUCACUGAUCAUUAGAGAAGUGCAAAAAUCAAAACCACAAUGAGAUGCUGUCUCUCACCAGUCAGAAUGGCUAUUACCAAAAAGUAAAAAAAUAACAGAUGCUGCAAUAUUUUGGAGUAAAAGGAAUACCUAUGUCCUGUUGGUGGGAGGAUAAAUUAGUUCCGCCGUUGAUGAAAACUGUGUGACAAUUUCUCAAAGACCUAAAAGGAGAACUACCAUUCAGCUACGAAUCACAUUACUGGGUAUAUACCCAAAGGAAUAUAAAUCAUUCAGUCAUAAAGACACAUGCACGUGUAUAUUCAUUACAGCACUAUUCACAAUAGCAAAGAUGGAAUCAAUCUAAGUGCCUAUCGGUGGUAGAGUGAAUAAAGAAUAUUUGGUAUGUAUACAUCAUGGAAUGGUAUGCAGUUAGGAAAAAGAAUAAUAUUACGUCCUUUGCAAAAACCUAGAUGGAGCCGAAGGUCUUUAUCCUUAGCAAACUAACACAGAAACAGAAAACCAAACACCACAUGUUCUCAAUUAUAAGUGGGAGCUAAAUGAUGUGAACAGAUAUAGGGGAAAAACACACCCUGGGCCCUACUGGAGGGUGGAGAUUGGAAGGAGGGAGAGGAUCAGGAAAAAUAGCUACUGGCUACUAGGCUCAAUACCUGUUGGAAAUUAAUGUUGAGCUCUAAAACUGUUUUCCACGGUGUUGAGAUGUAACUUCCCCACGUCAUACUAUGUGUUGUUUCCCGUGUUUUCAUAAGAUGACGGAUUGGGGGUGUUGCAAGCAUUGGGAAAAGAAAACUGAGGUGGCUUAAUGUUGCUGUGUUUCAGCAGUUGAAUGUUUUUAUUAUUUAUGUGUUUUUCUUUGUAUGAUUAUUUGGUUAGUAUUUAAUAUCAUGGAGUGCUCUGUCUUCUCCCAAAAAGACGUGUAUUUAACUUAGGAAAGAAAUGUAAAGUGUGGUACAUACAAUGGGUCAUGAAGGUGCAGUGAGACUGACUCCAUCCUACAUUCAGGGAUAGGCCAGCCCUCUCUAAAAGAGACACUAUCUUUACACCAUAGUACCACACAGGGGUAGAGCCUCCCUGAACCAGCUGGGGAUUGUUACCUAGACCCAAUGUUGUUUAUUGUUAAAUCUUGUGGCUUGAAACAUCUACUAAUUGAAUUGGAUAUCUUAGUCUAGGUUACUAUUUUUGACAUACAUAAAUGAAUAAAAUGCAGGAUAUAUAUUUUAAUUUUUUAAAAUUUACCACUUUAUUUCAAGUUAUUCAACCAAAAGUGAGGUUAUGGCACAUAAAAUCUUGUAUUAUGUGGUGUUUUUCUUUUUUCAGAUGGAAUCUGUCUAUGUCACCCAUGCUGAAGUACAGUGGUGCGAUCUUGGCUCACUGCAACCUCCGCCUCCUGGUUUCAAGCAAUUCUCUUGCUUCAGCCUUCCUGAGUAGCUGGGACAGCAGGUGUGUGCCACACGCCCAGUGAAUUUUUUGUAUUUUUAGUAGAGACAGAGUUUUAUUGUGUAAGCUAGAAUGAUCUCGAUCUUCUGACCUCAUCAUUCACUCACCUCAGCCUCUCAAAGUGCUGGAGUUACAGGAUUGAGCCACCCCACCGGCCCAGUUUUCUUUUACAUAAGCCUUUUCAUUUGCUGAAACCAUAGAUUCUAAGUUGCUCUAUCCAAGUGAUAAUUAGAAAAAUGUGAUGGGGCCGGGUUCGGUGGCUCAUGCCUGUAAUCCCAGCACUUUGGGAGACCGAGGUGGGUGGAUCACGAGGUCAAGAGAUCAAGACCAUCCUGGUCAACAUGGUGAAACCCUGUCUCUUCUAAAAAAAAAAAAAAAAAAAAAAAAAUAGCUGACCAUGGUGGCACAUGCCUGUAAUCCCAGCUACUCAGGAGAAUGAGGCAGAAGAAUUGCCUGAACCCGGGAGGCGGAGGUUGUGGUGAGCCGAGAUCGUGCCAUUGCACUCCAGCCUGGGUAACAAGAGAGAAAUUCUGUCUUAAAAAAAAAAAAAAAAAAAGAAAAAUGUGAUGUACUUAGUGCAUAAAUUUUAGAAAAUUUCCUUUACUACUAUUGUUAGUUUGAUUGAAUAUGUGUGUGAUUUUUAAAAAAUGUAAACUGAAUAAAUAUGUAUUGAAUCUACAUAUGUAAUGAAAAUGUAAGUUGACAUCACAGAGUACACUUAGUUCAUGGCAGUGCUUUCUCUGAAAGCAACUGCAGAAAUUUACUCUCUCUUCUUUUUAGUUUGUAAGAACUUGGAGGCCACAGGGGAAAGGAAGUUCUUUGGAUACCAGAUAAGGCAUGAAGCAGAUGUGGUUACAGUAAUUCUGGUAUAAUUCAUUGUAAGGUGAUGAUCUCUAGGAACAUCAUCACAGUGGAGAAACCUGAAAGCUCCCAGCAGCCAGCAAUAAAUGAAAGGUGUGGGCGGGGCUGCCUACAGAGUGGGGCCUGGUGAGCCAGUGCCUGGGCUUCCGCAUCACAGUGUGGGUGGGGCGCCUCGCGGAGGAGACUCUGAUUGGUUCCUCUGGUUGGAACCUGGGCGCCAGGUUGGAACUCUGGUGGUUGGUAGGGCAACCUCCUUCAGUUGUUAGAAAACAGUGGAAGGAGGUGCUCCCUCUGCGCUGUCUACUCCGCGAUCUCAGCUCUCAGGCUUGUUGUAUCUAGACCCAUUUUAAAUCAAGCAGGUUCGCUUCAGACCAGUCAUCUCAGGGGAGGCAGCGGAGGCAGAAAGUGAGCUGUUAGUGGGGUGCAGCCCCAUCGCCAGGGGCUGGCCCUGCCAGGUGCCUGUGUUUGAAAGAGGUGAAGUGCUGAACUCUGCAGACUGGGAGGCAAGGGAAGGUCCAAGUUGCAGGAGAGGAGCCAAGGUGCCCCAUGGGGAACACGCUGAGUUGUUUGUGCCCCAAAGUCAGCCACAGGCGAGGUCUGCGUAGGCUGUCUGAGGAUCUGUCCUUCAUCUCUGACAUCAAUGAGGCAAUGGCAAGCAAAGGUGCGGGCUAAGACAGAAGGAACAUGUCCAACACCAGUGCCAGACUCAUUUGGGGCCCGAGCUGGCUGUGUGGGGUGGUGUCUGGCAGCUGCGAUGACAUCUAUGAGGCAGUGUCAAGCGUAAGUGCAGACCAAGGCAGAGAGGAGCAGAGGCCAGGCAGAGGGAUCUUGGUGCUCCCCAAUGGCAGACCCAAGCAGAGCCAGCGCAAGGUGCACUGGGCAGAACCGAUCUGCAGCAAUAACAUCAAUGAGGGGGAGGUGGUGGAAGCGCCAGACCCUACUGCCUUGGAGCCUGCCCGGUGGGAUUUGGGAGCCGGCAACGGCCAUGACCUGCAGCACAUCAGCGACCAGGUGAUGCCCAAAGAUACUGCUUCUUACCAUCCAAGGGCAAGCACACUCUUCCUGAGAAAGUAUCAAAUGAGUGUGCAAGGAAAGAGGAGAAGCUCUCGCCUAUAUUCUAUACCUCCGUGGCAUCUUGAUAGAAAAUACAGCUCGUGUUCCACCAUAUUGCUAGAUAACAGCACAGUCAGUGAGCCUGAUCUCAGCCACAUAUUAGAAAGUGUGACUUUGGCAAUAUAUUACAACAUAAAGCACAGAUAUGCAAAUAGAUCUCUGGCUAUUUUUGAUGAGCCAAUACAUCCACUUUCACAAGAAAAGAUUCCAGGGAAAUCCUUUGAGGAUGAUCCCACACACCACUGCAUUUUCAGAUAUUUCUGUACUCUUUUUCUAGUCACAAAACUAACAGCUCCACGUGCAAUCGUAGCAUUGGUGUACAUUGAACGCCUUUUAACUAAUGCUGACAUCGAUCUUUGUCCUGCGAAUUGGAAACAAAUUGUCCACGGAGCCGGGCAUCUGGCCUCCAAGGUUUGGAGAGAUCGUGGUCUGUGGAGUGUGGAUGACAGCCAGAAUCCCAAGGAUGUUGCAGUUGAGACCAUGAGUAAGAUGGAGAAGAGUUUUUUGGAGCUACUCGAGUUUAAUAUUCAUGUGUCUGCCAGUGUUUAUGCAAAAUACUACUUUGACCUGUGUGCCUUGGCAUACGACCAUGAACUGGAUUUUCAAUUUAGUUUUCUUCACAAAGAUAAAGCAGAGAAAUUGAAGGCUAUGUCACGGCCAUGUGAAUACAAAGACCUGCAUCAAGAUGCCGCCGCUAUGACAAGGGCCGUCAGCAUGGAUUUCAUCGGCAUUAGGCAUACUAAUGCCAUCUUAUAUUAAAGAGAGAAAUUAGCAUUAUAAGGUCCUGGACUUGUCAACUAUAGGGACUACAAAAUAUCACUUCUCCUGCUGAAAAAGACCAGAAAAAUUAGGAUUUUCUUUUUUUAUCUUUUUUAAAAAAAAUUUUAUUGUUGUUGUUGAUUAGGAUUUUUGUAGAGUGGAGACUUCUUCAAAUAACCACACUGUGAAGCUGGGUGAUGGUGGCAUGAACAGUGGGUGCCAGGUGCUACCUGCCCUUCUUGUUCCACUGAGUCCAGAUGGCAUUCCUAGGGCACCACCUUCUUGAACAACUCUUGGGGAGGAAGAGUGUCACAUGGACACAGCACAUCCCAGUUCAGAGUCCACAGUCACCCACAGUCCCAAGCAGGUGACAGUCUGAGCUGAGCUGGAAUUCAAACAACUUUGGAAUUUGGUUUGGAUCUCUGUCCACGGAGGCACUGAAUGCACGAUGGCCCAAAACAAGUGUGGAAAGAGAGAAUGGCAUGCGGACAAGGCUGUCAUUACUUCAAGUACCUUGGGGGCUCAGGCCUGUUCAUCUAGUCUUUGGAGGGAAUCUGUGCACGUGAAAUGAGGCACCCACAUCAUGGUUAUAAAGGGAGAGAUGAAAUCAGUUUAUCUUCCCCCAGGCCUAUAAUGGUCAUGUCAAAACACAGAGUCUUGCUGUGUUGCCAGGCUGGAGCACAGUGGCAGGAUCUCAGCUCUCUGCAACCUCUGCCUCCAGGGUUCAAGUGACUCUCCUGCCUCAGCCUCCCAAGUAGCUGGGACUACAGGCAUGAACCACCAACCCAGCUAAUUUAUAUAUUCUUAGUAGAGACAGGGUUUCAUCACGGUGGCCAGGACAGUCUUGAUCUCUUGACCUCAUUCUGCCUGCCUCAGCCUCCCAAAGUGCUGGGAUUACAGGUGAGAGCCAUCAUGCCUGGCCUCUUGCAUUUACAUUCACAAUAAAGCGGUUUGGAAUAUCCCACUGUUGAUUUGUGAUUUCCUCCUCCAAACAUAGUCUGUGGCCCUGUAUACAUAAUUGAAUAUUUUUGUGUAUUGAUAUUUUGUGUCUGAAGACGAAAUAUUAGAUGAAACAUGUUAAAACAUUUCAUGCAAAGCCUUCAGUGGUUGUAGAGUCUACUCUUUGGUGAAUACACGAAUUCAUCUAUUUUAAAUAUUAAAACUUUUAUUAGAUGUGAUAAUGAUAUUUUCUCUUUUAUCUUCAUUUGUUAGAUAUAGUUACUUACAUUCUUCCAUAAUUAAUGAUAUUGUAUCUUAUAUUUGAUGUAAAAAAACUCCUAGAAUAUUUGGAAUUGAUCGUUGAAAUUAAACAGCAGAAUGAGAUUUGCUAAAACCUAGUGAUAAUGUACUCAUAAUGGGUUUAUUAUCUAUUAUCUCUAUCACUGUUAAUUUUUAAAGUUUCCAUGGAAAACUAUACUAAGAACUUAAAGUUUUCUAUAAAACCCUUCAUGCUCUGCACUUAGCUCCAAUGCAUAAUGA